AUGACAAACAAGCGGGAAGCCACACUCGAACCGACCAACUCUCGUGCCGAGAGCUCAAGUCUGACCUUGCGGCAACCGACUUUCUGGGCUGCAAAGCAAGUCCAGAUCGUGUACGAGUGCGGAGAGUACACUUGUGACGGACCAAGGGUUCCAUACUCUCGGCUUCGUCGCUUCUCGAAACGGGCUCGGCGCGAGCUAAAGGGUGCCACGACGUGGACGGUCCGCUGCCAGCAUUACAAGCAGGACAGGAUGUUGAACGAGAUCUUCGAAUGGUUCAUGACGCUCCCAGACCACGAUCCUCCGGGCGACUUCGUCGAUAGCGGCUAUCACCCGGAACUCGAUCCGCGAAACGAAUGGAUCCCGCAGCUGUCAUGGGAGGAUCUCCUCCUUCUCGAUCACACUUUAGAUUACCUGCAUCUAAGGGAGCCAUUGGACAAUAAGAAGGUGCGGAACAUAAUAUGGAACUCACUCACCUUGGGCGAGCUUGAGACCAAUCCCUUGAGCGCCGACGAUAUGCACCUGGCAUGGCACUUGCUGCAGUUCAAGGCCGAGUGGAUUCGUGAGGCUGCGGAAUUCGACCCGCCAGUUCAGACGUCGCUACCCGAGAAGCGACAACAAGAACGAGGCUCUACCUCUUCCACUGCAGUGGAGGGCGUCGCCAAUUCGACAGUUGACCAGGAGCUCGUCCACCUGCUAGGUGGCUGGGAAGCCAGGAAUAGCGCCCUCAUGCGCAACAUGAUCCGCAAAGUUGUUGCCUAUCUCGAGAAACGUGGUGGAGACGAGUUCGAUAAAUUUAUUACGGACCUCCGAAACCUAGAGGGAGAUCAUCCAGGCGAGCACAACUCGCUGUUGCGGCAGGGAAUGACAACAGUGUACAGCACCCGCAAUCUUCGGUUAGGCUUUGAGAGCAUGGAAGAUAGCAUUCAAGCAAAGUGAUUAGUUGGUGUGCAGGUAGGGCAUUAUGGUCGGAAUUACCAUGUUCCAAAGCAACAGCAGGCAAUAUUUCAGUUAUACACAGGCUUGGAGAUAUUAAACAAGACGAUUCGGACAGGGAUGGGCGACGAGAGGUAAAUCAGACAUUUCGUGACCUUAAU